CCGGUACCCUUGGUGGCUGUCUUCUGUAUAAGUUAGCUGUGAAGCUACCAACCAAAAAGAUCUUCGUUCUUUGUCGCGGGAAUAUCCAGCGCGCGCUGGACAAGAUCGAGAAAUCUAUGCCCGAACAGUCGGUCGAUAUUCUUACCACUCACAAGGUCCACUUCGUUGUGGGCGAUGUCACAAAGCCCAACCUUGCGCUUCGGGCGGCCGAGUUGGAUACGCUGCGCGCGGAGGUGACGGUAGUCAUCCACUGUGCUGCAAAUAUCUCCUUGCAGCAGGAGCUGCGAGCAUCGGUAACUCAGCACUGCGUCUCGCAGCUCCAACUCCUUGACCUGUUGUCCGACUUCGUGCGGCUGCAAACCCUGCUCUACCUUUCCACCACCUAUGUAAACAGCUUCCUGCCUGGCGGUCGGGUUGGCGAAAAGAUCCACGAGCUCUCGUCCGACCCGGAUCAGCCUGUUCUGGAUGCUACCAAAGAAGUUCAAUCUAUCCUCGAGGCUGGCGAAUCCACAUAUGCUUCCCAGUUCAUGGUGCCCUACGCUUAUGCCAAAUAUCUCACCGAGCGGCUGACGCUGGACCGCAAACCACGGUAUACCGUUCUCAUCGUACGCCCCUCCCAUUUCGGCCCCGCGAUUGCGGAACCGUUCCCAUAUUACGGCUUCAACAUGGCCAUCCCAAUGCACUCGUAUCUGCGUUUUCUACUCGGCAGUGACGAGCACGGCCUUGAACAGAUCAUUGAGCAGACCAGAGACGUCCAAUUUACCUGGGACGAGAUCCCGGUAGAUCAGGCCUCCAAUACAUGCCUCCUGCACUUGGCGCUUGGAACUCAAGGGAUUGUGCACGCAGCGGCGGCGCUCUACGUUACGUACAGCAUGGCCGACAUAGUACACAUGUUUAGUGCUCAUGUUCCCCCGGCAGCCCAUGCGGCAGUCUGCAAUUACGCGAGUGAGCAAGCACCGAGCCAUGCGGAGUUCUUCUUCCAGUUGAUCACGACCUUUCCGCGCGAUUGGAUCUAUGAUUGUAGCCGCUCCGAGGGACUGCAGCAUUUCCAAGGUCCCUUGAGCUUGGGUCUAGGGGAGCAUGACCCCGAGAGGUUUAUGCAGGUCCGAGUGCAACGGGUGACUCGGCAGUUUCUGGAAACAUUGAAGACUGCACAAGGAUCAAGAAAGACUUGAUCAUAAGACAGGGGUGAAGCACCAGGAUGACUUGCUAUGAUACCGCAAGUCAGUCGGACAAUCGAAUCCUCCCAACUCGUCAUAAGCACUCCCACCUUUUUGCAAUUCAAGGCAAAACAGACAAUGUUGAGAGAAAAGGGCAACGGGGCCAGGGAAAGUUACGUCAAGGAUACUCAGUACCUUCAAC